AUGUCUGAAGUCGCCGCUAACGAAACCCAGAGCCCUAACAAGGCCGACGACGCCAAUCUCUCGGACAACAACGAGGCUCCAUCUCCCACCCCGACCCCCACUGCUGACAAAGACAACAACAACAUCACCAUGGCGACCACCACCGACACCAACGCCAAGCAGACCAUGACGGCCCAGCAGUUGGAACAGUCCCUUCCAGCCGCGGGCGACGAGCUAGCCCAAUUCGUGCCCAGCGCCCAGCGCGGUCGCCGCAUCGUGCCUGUCCACCAAUCGCGCAUCGCCGACCGUCCUCCAAAGGUCGGCGAGAAGGACAGCAGUCUCAAGAUCAAGAUCGAGCUGGACCUGGAAGUCGAGGUAGAAAUCUAUGCGCGGGUCAAGGGCGACGUCAUGAUUGGCUUGAUGUAA